AUGGCCUUGCAACCGCUUAUCGACAACUGGGCGCUUACUCUGGCAUACACAGUCGACUGGAUCGUCAUCGUUCUCAUCGCGGCGGCAGGAGGAGGUCUGAACUUCGUGCGACCUUAUCACCGACCAUUCUCCCUUCUCGAUCUCAACAUUUCCUACCCCAUCGAGUCGGAGCUUUCCAUCACCACUGUGUUUCUAGUGACUGGCUUGGCCCCAGCAAUCAUCAUACUCCUCAUUGUUGCCACCUGUGUUCCAGGGUGGAAGAUCUCACGCUCCAUGAAGCGCGCAGACGCACUCAGACUCAAGGCCUGGGAGCUGGAAAAGGGCUGGGCAGGAUUGGCGCUCGCGCUUGCUACUUCCUUCUUUAUUACCCAAGGCUCUAAGCAGCUCUUUGGCAAGCCACGACCCAACAUGCUCGCGCGCUGUCAGCCAGAUCUGACGGACAUUGCAUCUCACGUUGUUGGUGGCUAUGGCCAAAGCAUCAAUCCAGAGUGGACACUGGUCGACACUUCCAUCUGUACCACGUCCGAUCUACACACCCUCGAUGAUGGCUUUCGAAGCUUUCCCAGCGGACACUCGUCUUUUUCCUUCGCGGGGCUCGUUUACUUAACCUUGUUCCUUUGCUCAAAAUUCAGCAUUGGCAUACCGGCUCUUCCCUUCCCACGCACUCCUACCGACAAUCCGCCAUACUUUCCAACCCGCACAAACAAUUUUGAGCUUCAGCCACGCAUGAGAGACCAAACUGAUGCACGAGACCCGGUCAGAAUAUCAUCGCUAGAGAAUAUCGCCCACCCACCUCCAGCCAACUCUUUAUUGAUCCGCAAUUCGGCUGCGAGUCCACCAGUACACCUGCUCGCAAUUGCUUUCGUUCCCAUCGCGGUAGCUAUUUACAUCGGCUCUACGCGAUACACCGACUUCUACCAUUUCGGUUUCGACAUUAUCGCUGGAUCAUUGCUGGGCAUCUGCACAGCCUGGAUCAGCUUCCGUUGGUACCACUUGCCCUUAAGCAGAGGACAUGGUUGGGCUUGGGGUGCAAGAAGCAAGGAAAGAGCGUUUGGCAUUGGUGUCGGCACUGAGGGAUAUGUCGAAUCACGAGCAGGUGGUCACAUGGUCUAG